AUGGCUUCAAAGACGGCACUUGAGAAAGCAAAGAUUAGCAAGCGUAGUUGGAGCGAUGAGUUCCAAUACUAUGCUAAGCAUUUGAACGUUUUCAAUGCAAUUGUUCUGCUGGGCGCCAUUCCAACUUAUUUCACGGCCAUUCUACAUGUUCCUCUCCGCUGGGAGACUUUCUUGUUGACAGGGGUCUUUUACCUCGCCGGGGGGAUGGGAAUCACGGCCGGUUACCACCGCCUCUGGUCUCACAGAUCAUAUAAAGCAUCAACGCCGCUACGAUACUGGCUCGCCAUAAUGGGUGCCGGUCAGUGGCAAUGGUCUAUCCUCUGGUGGGCAAAGCACCACCGCUCCCACCACCGUUACACCGACACAGAGCAAGAUCCCUACAACCCUACCCGUGGAUUCUUCUUCUCCCACGUCGGGUGGCUCGUGGGCUACAACCCCAAAUCAUGGGGGAAAGUCGAUCUGUCCGAUCUUCUAGCCGAUCCAGUGGUAGUCUGGCAGCACAAAUGGGGCACUCUAGUUGGCUUCCUCACAGCCGUUGUCUUCCCAGUUGCAAUCGCGCAUUAUGGCUGGGGCGAUGCCCGAGGUGCACUCGUCCAUACUGUAUUAGGACGACUGAUGUGGAUCUGGCACCUGGGAUUCUUCGUGAAUUCCAUCGCCCAUCUUCCUUGGUUUGGCUCUCAGCCAUAUUCAGAUAAACACAGUGCUCGCAAUGUGUUGCUCUUUGCGUGGGUAUUGGCCGGCGAGGCGAGCCAUAACUUCCACCACACUUUCCCAGCCGAUUAUCGAAAUGGGCUUCAUUGGUAUGAGGGCGAUCUGUCGAGGUGGUUUAUUCGCACUUGUGAACGACUUGGACUUGCGUGGGACCUGCAUAUUACCAGUCCCGCCGAGGUUGAGCGGGCGAAGCAACGUCAGAUCAACAUCAAGGAAGGGAUUGCCCAUGGCCCGGAGGUUGCUCACCUGCCGGAGAUGGAGUGGAAAGAUUUUGUUGAGCAGGCGGCUGCUGGUCGUUGUCUCACCGCUGUUCAUGGAAUUAUUCAUGAUGUUACUGAUUUCAUGGCUGAUCAUCCUGGUGGGCCUGAACUGGUGCAACAAUACAUCGGAAAAGAUGCCACUACGGCGUUCUAUGAUGAGGAUUCGCAUGUCCAUUCACCGUAUGCUGAGACCAUGUUGGGUAACAUGCGGAUGGCUAUUACACGUAGACAGGAAGGAUUUGAUGAAAAGAAAAAAAAGUAG